UAGUUUUUAAGAAGAAUUCAUUUCGGCAACAUAACAUAGAUAACCCCCCAAAAAAAAUUGGCGUUAUGGCAUGUGAUUCUCCUUGACACGCAAAAAAAGUGAAAUAUGAAAAGAAGAAGUACGGGAAUUUUCCAAAUUGUGGCGAUCUUGGGUUGUCUCCAUCUGUCCUUGGCACAAAAUCACUCGGAGGACUUGCAGCAAAUCCGUCAGAUACAAUAUGCCCUAAAUCGCAAUGCCAAUCCCUGUGUGAAUUUCUAUGAAUAUGCCUGUGGCAAUUGGUCCGCCGCCCAUCCGGAUGAUAUGGAGUACGAUGUGGAAUCGCAGCUGAGGCAGAGGCAUGUCUUAAAUUAUGUGGAAUUUAUUGUGGAGGAAUAUCCGUUGGAGGAACACACCGAUGAGGAUUAUCGCCAGAGCUUCGUGGACAAAUCGCUGGCAUAUUUCUACAGCUGUAUUGCGGAAUAUGAGAGCUAUGAUGUUUUACGUUAUUUGGAGGAAAUUAAACCAGGACCAGGGUUGGAAUGGCCUUUGCUGGAGGUGGUGGCACGUCAACGUAAACGCCAACCCUAUGUGGCGCCCAACGUGUGGCCAGUGGGGAAGUUGCAGUUAUUUAAUUUAUUGGGUAAGUUGAGCAGCUAUGGUUUCGAGAGUGGCCUCAUAGCAUACGAAUGGACCUCUCAGGGGGUGAAAGGGGAGCGGGUUAUAAAAAUUAGCUUACCUGAGGUGCCGGAACUUAAACGGAAUUUGUUGAGAAAAAUUCUGAGGGAAAUACAGCUACCCAAACAAAUUGUUCGGAAAUACUAUUUGGACAUGGUGCGGAUACAUCAACAAUUGGAGACGUUCUAUGCCAACUACAUUUCCAGUGAUGAGGCGGAUCGUACGGAAUAUGAAAUACCCUAUAGAGGCCUCAAACAUGAUCUGCAACAUUUGUAUGGCUUUAUCAGCCAAAUUGAGCCACCCAAUCGCCAUCAGGCGCACAGCGUGGCCCUGAUAUCGGAUGUAGACUACUUCUCCAAGCUGUUGGCGGAAUUUCGAAAUCCCCACCGAAUUCAAAAACUCUGCAACUACCUAAUGCUGAAUUUCCUGAUCUAUUUGAAAUAUGAGCAACCCAGCAAUUGUUUCUAUGCCAUUAAAAAUCGCCUCCACCUGCCGUUCGAUUAUCUGUUUUCGAAAUAUUUCUAUCAGCCUCAGGCUGGAGAGUACAACAGCCAUCUUAGUCUAUUGAGCACGAAAAUCUAUCGCAACCUCUUCUCCUUGGUAAAGGAAAAUCGUUUGGAUUUAACUCCCGAACAAAUGAAGGGUCUACGGCGGCAGCUACUCAAUGUGACCUCAAAUAUUGGCAAUCUGCCGGAAAACAUAAACUUAGAACUCUUAGAGAAAAUCUACACCACUCUACCUGCCAUGGAUCCGGAAAAUUUCUAUGGCAAUGAUUUGAGGGCCCUGCAACAUCAAACCUGGCUGAGAUUUAACUGCCCGAACAAAGUGAUUUGUCAACCCCAAUUUCCUGUCCUGCCCACCUAUGAUCUAACCACCAAUAAUGUUGUUAUACCCUUUGCCUCCCUACAACUACCCAUCUAUCAUUUGGAUUUGGACCCCUUACUCUCCCUCUCCACCUUUGGUUUCCUAUUGGCCCAAAGUUAUGCCAAAGCCAUAAAUCUACGAGCCCUCCAAGAACAAGGUGCCGACUUUGCCAAUCUCCCCCAACAUCCCCACAUAAAAUGUAUGGUGCAACAGGAACCCACGGAUUUUAUAAAUGAACGCAUUGCCGAUUUGAUGGGCGCCCGCAUAGCCUAUCAGACCUAUGCCCAGGAAUAUAAAUAUAAUUUACAACCGCAAUUCACCUCCUUGCCCUGGAAGCAAUUGUUUUUCCUGAAUUUGGCCCAAACUUUUUGUUCCAAGACUCCCGAGGAUGUGGCUGGGCAGGAGAGUGACAGUGCCAUGGUGCGACUCAAUCAAAUUGCCAUGAAUUUGGAAGUUUUCGGUGAGGCCUUCCAGUGUCCCAUGGGCAGUGAAAUGAAUCCGGCAAGGAAGUGUAGAUAUCUUUAGGAAAUUAGAAUUGAAUAAUAAUUAUUAUUUUAAAAUAA